CCAGAACAAAGGAGAAUGAGGAGCCCUGGGGGCUCAGCCAAGGCAUCAAAAAGGCUCUGUAGAGGGAGCAGGCCACAGCAGCUGCCCGCCUCUGCACCUAGAAGUCGGUCAGACAGCUCUCGCCCGGUCCCUUCUGGCUGCCCGAGGCCGGCCACCUUAGCAACACUGUUUAGAGCGGCCUUGUUCUCCAGCGUGAUUGCGCCGACACUGCUCUGGGGCUUUCUCUACUUGGCGUGCGUUGCUGCUGCAGUUCCAGGGGAGAGAAGAGGGAUGGCCGAGAGCGGAGCCAGGAGCCGGGAGGGCCACCGGGAGCGUACCUUCGUGCCGGAGCCUUUUGAUGGAGCUAAUGUAGCCCCAAACCUCUGGCUGCACCGCUUUGAGGCCAUAGACAACCUCAACCAUUGGGACCAUGGCACCAAGCUACGGUUCCUGAAGGAGGCUCUCAGGGGAGACGCCCUGGAGGUCUACCAUGCACUUAGUCCUCAGGACCAGGGGGACUAUAGGGCUGUGAAGGAGACUCUCCUGAAGGCCUUUGGGGGGUCCGGGACUGCCCACAGCCACCUGCCCAAGGAGAUCGUCUUUGCCAACAGCAUGGGCAAGGGCUACUACCUCAAGGGGAAGAUUGGCGGAGUGCCGGUGAGGUUCCUGGUGGACUCUGGGGCCCAGGUCUCCGUGGUCCACCCAAGCUUGUGGGAGGAGGUCACCGAUGGCGACUUGGACACCCUGCGGCCCUUUGAGAACGUGGUGAAAGUAGCCAAUGGGGCCGAAAUGAAGAUCCUGGGCAUCUGGGAUACAGUGGUGUCCCUGGGCAAGCUGAAGUUGAAGGCAGAGUUCCUAGUGGCCAACGCAAGUGCUGAGGAAGCCAUCAUUGGUACCGACGUGCUCCAGGACCACCAAGCCAUCCUGGACUUCGAGCAUCGCACCUGCACCCUGAAAGGGAAGAAGUUCCGCCUUCUGCCUGUUGGAGGGUCCCUGGAAGAUGAGUUUGACCUGGAGCUCAUAGAGGAGGAGCCCUCGGAGGAGGGGCAGCAGCAGCUCUCCUGUUGAGAAGCCCCUUUUCCUCAUCCCCAAACAUCAGUGGGAAGACCCACCACAGUGGAGGGGAAGGGCACAGACCCUCAGGGGUCACUGGGUUUGGCCAACCCUCUAAAACCAACUCUUGCCUUCCUCCUCCCACUCCUCUUCCCUCUGCAGGGGCCUUGAUUUGCCCCUGGUGGGGGAGGCUUCCGUUUGAAAAGGCGCAGGUGAGGGAGAGCGGCCGACUUUCUCAGAGGGAGGGAGGGUCCUUAUGUUUGUCAAGCUGCUAUCGUUGGCAAAGACUCUCAGGCUAAAAGAAGGUUCCAAGAAGGCUAGAGAUGAUUGUCUUUGAGAGAGGACUGGGGACCCCUUCAGAUCCCCUGAGAUGUAGCUCAGUGACCUUCAGGUCCAUGCAGCCUAUCUCAGCUGGGCUGGGUCCUGGCUGCAGGGUCCUCACCAGCAACACCCAGCUCUCACAGGUGAGGGUCACCGCGGCCAGGGAGUCCUCCCUGUUGAAUCUUCUCACCUGCAUCAUCUGUUUCCUUCUGUCAUUUGCUUUGAAAUGCAUUGAGCCUUAUGUCAAUAAUUCAUUACUUCAAAAACCAAUAAAGAUUGACUCAUGGAAAAA